CGGUCUCUGCCGCCGAUGCGCCUGGUGGCCAGACUCCAAGUGGGACCGGCGGACACGCAGGCUCGCGUAAGAGUGGAAACCGAUGGAUAAUCGAGCUCUGGACCCAGGGACUCGGGACUCCUAUGGUGCCACCAGCCACGUCCCCAACAAGGGGGCCCUGGCAAAAGCCAAGAAUAACUUCAAAGACCUGAUGUCCAAGCUGACAGAGGGCCAGUAUGUGCUGUGCCGGUGGACAGAUGGACUGUAUUACCUCGGGAAGAUCAAGAGGGUCAGCAGUUCAAAGCAGAGCUGCCUUGUGACUUUUGAAGAUAAUUCCAAGUACUGGGUCCUGUGGAAGGACAUACAGCAUGCUGGAGUUCCAGGGGAGGAGCCCAAGUGUAACAUCUGCCUGGGGAAGACAUCAGGGCCAUUGAAUGAGAUCCUCAUCUGUGGCAAGUGCGGCCUGGGUUACCACCAGCAGUGCCACAUCCCCAUAGCAGGCAGUGCCGACCGGACUCUGCUCACACCUUGGUUCUGCCGACGCUGCAUCUUCGCACUGGCUGUGCGGAAAGGCGGAGCGGUGAAGAAGGGCGCCAUCGCCAGGACGCUGCAGGCGGUGAAGAUGGUGCUGUCCUACCAGCCCGAGGAACUCGAGUGGGACUCGCCCCACCGCACCAACCAGCAGCAGUGCUACUGCUACUGCGGCGGGCCGGGAGAGUGGUACCUGCGGAUGCUGCAGUGUUACCGGUGCAGGCAGUGGUUCCACGAGGCCUGCACCCAGUGCCUCAAUGAGCCCAUGAUGUUUGGAGACCGGUUCUACCUGUUCUUCUGCUCCGUGUGUAACCAGGGCCCAGAGUACAUUGAGAGGCUCCCCCUGCGAUGGGUGGAUGUGGUUCACCUGGCCCUCUACAACCUCGGAGUGCAGAGCAAGAAGAAGUAUUUUGACUUCGAGGAGAUCCUGGCCUUUGUCAACCACCACUGGGAGCUCCUGCAGCUUGGCAAGCUCACCAGCACCCCCGUGACCGACCGAGGACCGCAUCUCCUCAACGCGCUGAACAGUUACAAAAGCCGGUUCCUCUGUGGCAAGGAGAUCAAGAAGAAGAAGUGCAUCUUCCGCCUGCGAAUCCGCGUCCCGCCCAACCCGCCAGGGAAGCUGCUGCCUGACAAGGGCCUGGUGCCCACUGAGAAUGGCGCCUCCUCUGAGCUGCGUAAGAGAGGAAAGAGCAAGCCUGGUUUGUUGCCUCAUGAAUUCCAGCAGCAAAAAAGGCGAGUUUAUAGAAGAAAAAGAUCAAAGUUUUUGCUGGAAGAUGCCAUUCCCAGUAGCGACUUUACCUCGGCUUGGAGCACCAACCACCACCUGGCCAGCAUAUUUGACUUCACAUUGGAUGAAAUUCAGAGUUUAAAGAGUGCCAGCUUAGGCCAGACUUUCUUCUCAGACGUGGACUCCACAGACGCCGCCAGCACCUCUGGCUCCGCCUCCACCAGCCUGUCCUAUGACUCCAGACGGACAGUGGGCAGCCGGAAGAGGAAGCUGGCAGCCACGGCGUACACGCCACUGCGGGCAAAGCGGCGGGCGGCCGAGCUGGGGGGACCCUGCCCCUCGGACAGCGGUGCAGAGGGGGCUUCGGGCCCCGAGCGGCCGGACGAAGGCAUCGACAGCCACACAUUUGAGAGCAUCAGUGAAGAUGACUCGUCCUUGUCCCACCUCAAGUCCUCCAUCACUAACUACUUCGGCGCAGCUGGGCGGUUGGCCUGUGGGGAGAAGUACCAGGUGUUGGCUCGAAGGGUCACGCCCGAGGGCAAGGUUCAGUACCUGGUGGAGUGGGAAGGGACCACCCCUUACUGACUAGCCCUAAGGGGAUGCCAAGACCCCUGGGAAACAAAGAAGGGACAGUGGAAGCUGCAGGCUCCCCAGUUCCCUUUGGGGUGUGGGAAGGAAGCAACACAGAGCUCAAGUGCCUGGCGCGGGGCCCUCCCGCACACCUUCCGGGCCGGGGUCUGCACCUCUCUGCUACGCUGUUCUGUCCUCGGGCGCCUCAGGCUCAUCACCCCUUUGCCUGUGUCUCUAAGGUCCCCCUGUCUCCACAUACUCCCCACUCCCUCAAACCGCUCACCUGUUCCUCUGAGUGUGUGUCCCCUUGGCCCUGGCACCCUCGUUCCUGAAGCCUGAAUCUUUGUCCCCAACUUUGUAUCACUUACCUCUUAACCCUUUGGGGUGUGUCUGUUUAGACCCCUACACGUGCAUGCAGUCCCUCACCCCUGACUCACGGGGCGCCCAGUCCCCCAGGACCCACACCAUGAGAACAGGGGCCUCUUAGGAAGAUGGGUGAAGGCGGGUGAGGUGGGCUCUCUGAGCUCUUUUCUCCGCUUUCCUGCCCCCGGCCCCCAGCCUUGGAAGAGGCAGCGAGGGUAGCAGGCCUCCGGGAAAGCCUGGGCGGCAGAGACCCUGGGACUCUCAGAAUCUGAGGCGUGAAGAGGCUGGUGCGAAGGUACCAGCACCAGAGCCCAGCUGCCAAGGCUCAGAGUCGGGGCUGCGGAGUAAGCUUCUGAGGCCCCCGUUUUCCUUUGCUUGGCCACACCCCGCUUCGUUAUCCUGGAGUUGGGCUUGGCCUUGCAGGAAUGGAGGUGGCCUUGAAAACCUGGGGACAGGGAGAGUCAGAGUCUGUGGGAUGAAAGAAAGGCAUGGCGUGCCAAACCUCCGACUGUUUCCCACGCCUCCC